UUGGUUGAGCCGCGCCGAGCCGCGCCGCCUUCCGCUUCAGUCAACGUCCGCCCCUCCCCCCUCAGCUACGUCGUGCUGGACCUGAUGGAGAGCGACCUCCACCAGAUCAUCCACUCCUCCCAACCGCUGACCUUGGAGCACGUCCGCUACUUCCUCUACCAACUCCUGCGCGGCCUCAAGUACAUCCACUCCGCCAACGUCCUCCACCGCGACCUCAAACCCUCCAACCUCCUGGUCAACGAGAACUGCGAGCUCAAGAUCGGCGACUUCGGCAUGGCGCGCGGCCUGGGCGCCGACCCGCGCCACGCCAAGGCCUUCCUCACCGAGUACGUCGCCACGCGCUGGUACCGCGCGCCGGAGCUGCUGCUCUCGCUGCACCGCUACACGCGCGCCAUCGACAUGUGGUCGGUGGGCUGCAUCUUCGCCGAGAUGCUGGGGCGCCGCCAGCUCUUCCCCGGCAGGAAUUACGUCCACCAGCUGCAGCUGAUCAUGGCCGUGCUGGGCACGCCGCCGCCCGGCGUCAUGGCGGCCAUCGGCGCCGAGCGCGUCCGCGCCUACAUGCAGAGCUUGCCGCCGCGCCCGCCGGUGCCGUGGGAGAGCCUUUUCGGCGACGCCGAGCCGGCGGCGUUGGCGCUGCUGGGGAGGAUGUUGCGUUUCGACCCGCGGGAGAGGGUGGGCGUGGCCGAGGCACUGCGGCACCCGUUCUUGGCUAAAUACCACGACCCCGAGGACGAGCCCGAGUGCGUGCCGGCGUUCGACUUCGCAUUCGACCGGCAGGCGCUCACCAAGGAGGAGAUCAAGGCGGCCAUCGUGGCCGAGAUCGCCGAUUUCCACGCACGCCGCGACGGCAUCCGGCGGCAGAUCGCGCCGGCGCCGACGGCGCCGCCGGCCGAGGCGUGGGCGGGUCCUGAGGCGUGGGCGGAGCCUCCGGGUGGCGCCGGCGACGCCGACGUGGCCACGGUGACGCAGCAGCUGCAGAAGUCGCAGGUGGAGGAUCCGCUGCCCCCCGUGUUCCCGGUGACGCCCAAGGGCAGCGGCGCCGGCUACGGCGUCGGCUUCGACCUGGAGGAGUUCCUGAGCCAAUCGCUGGACAUGGUGGGAGAGCCCAAGGACAGGUGGGGACGGCCGGGGGCGCCUUGGGUUGGGUUGGGUUGA